AUGGAAAAUAUCAUCAUUUCUUCCGAACAAAUUAGACCAGUUAACGACCAUAACGAUCAUGAAGAUGAUGCUGAUGAUGAUGAAAAGAAGAUGGAAAUCUUCUUUUCAUUAAUCAGAAGUUUUAGAGAAGCUCGUGAUAGGCGACGACAAGAACUCGAAAAUAUGGGGAAAAUGAUGAGUAGCAAUAAUAAUAAAAGUAGAAAGUUGAAUCACGUGCAAUCGCCAGCUGCUUUGCCUACUUUUGAGUGUCGUGAUUUCAUCCAAUUACAAAAUGAGCAAGCACAACAUCACAACCCCCAGGAUCAAGAACAACAAGCAGAGAAAGAAGCUCACAACGUGAACCUCGACCUAUCAUUGUAG